UUCGUACGGUCGGGUUGCUCGUUCGCUCGUUCGUUCGUUCGUUCGUUCGUACGUCAUUCGUUUGAUCAAAUCAGCAACAAACUGUCCUAUUUAAACUGUUGUUUUAGAAAUUUGUAUUAAAUUAAACAAGGGGGAAUAACGACACAUUGUUAGAUUGUUGAGAGACUGAGAACGACUACGAGAUGGUGGUUAGUGGUUGGUAGUGGUGGUGGUGGUGGUGGUGGUGGUGGGUUUUGGAAGAGAAGAAGGAAUCGCCAUAAGCAAGCAAGCGUCGUUCCCGUGUUCUCUUUUUUUCUCUCUCUGUCUACUACUACUUCUUUGUUCGGGACGUAACAUCGGUUAAAGAUGAAUUUCACGCCUUUUCCUGGCUUUGCCACAGGCUCGUUACAACCGGGCGCUGUUCACCAAUUUGCAACAGCCAAAUUUGCACAAAAUUUAACUACUGGUGGUCAAGUCGUCGGCGUUUUAUCAGGUGGAGAGGGUGGCGUUCAUUAUUUAAGACCAGUUGACCCUAAUGGCUUUGCUGUUGCUCAAGGAGGCAAUAAUCAACAACAGCAAAUCAUUACGCUGCCUAUAACUGUACCUGGAAAAGAUGGAACUCAACAACAACAAACCGUUCAAAUUCAGGUGGUUAAUCCCAAUGUUUCUCAAAGUGGAAAUAGCGGAGACCAACCCAAAUAUCAUAUCGCACCUAUUUCGUUGGGACAAUUUCCUCAAGGUGCAGCAACUGUCCUUACCGUUGCCUAUAGUCAACAACAGGGCACUGAUGGUCUUCAGAUUCAAGUUCAGCCACAAAAUACUGUGGCAACAACACAAACGUCGGAUCAAACAACACAAAGUACAUCAGUGGCAGUAACAACCACAUCGCAACAGACGAUUCAGCAGACAGUACAACUUCCAGGAGCACCAGAAGGAUUGACUGUGGUUGCACAAAUACCACAAGAUUUGAUUUUAAGAGAAGGAAUGGAAGAGUCUAAGGAGGAUGUGAAAGAAGGGACAACUCCGGUUGCCCUUAUUAAAAGAGGAACAGUUAAAAAUCAAGGAAACCAGAGUAAUGAAGAGUUCAUUACUGCAAUGCCUGCUGGAUGGCAAAGUUUGGCAGCACCAGGUUCUACUGUUGCUGAUUAUCUUUCAAGGUUACCCGCAAGUACUUUACCUCUCGGUUUGCAACAUUUUUUGAAAUUUUCAGCCGAAACGAUAAAAAGAGAAGCAACCAUAGAAUCGAGUCCUUUGGGUGCUGAUGGUUUAGAUGCAUCUGGUAGUAUGCCGUCUGGAGAACAAGCAGUACAGAUUACAGUAGCUGGAGGUGAGUCGAUUCUUCCUGAUGUUGUUGAAGAACAGGAACCAGGAGCAAAACCUAAAAGGAAAAAGAAAUAUAAGAAAAAGCCUCCAAAACCAAAAAAGCCAAAGCCUGGUCAAGUUAGUAUUGUCACUGCCUUAGAUGGUACAACUCUAUUUUGUUGUCCUCAAUGCAACAUGGCUUACCCAGAAAAAGAAUUAUUGGAACAACAUCUUAUCGGUCAUAAGAUAGAAAGGAGGUUUAUCUGCGAUAUUUGCGGUGCUGGCUUGAAACGAAAAGAACAUUUAGAACGACACAAACUUGGUCAUAAUCCUGAUAGACCAUUCAUUUGCUCCGUCUGCAUGAAAGGAUUCAAACGAAAAGAACAUCUCAAUCUUCACUUUGUUAUACACUCUGGACAAAAAACUGAAGUAUGUAGCGAGUGUGGUAAAGCAUUCUAUAGGAAGGACCAUUUAAGAAAACAUGCAAGAUCUCACCUUGCCAAACGUGCUAAAGAAGAUCCACUAAAUACGGCUGAUACUUCGCAAAAUCAGCAACAAGUAGAACAAGCACAGCAACAAACUGAACAGAUGCAACAACAAUCAUCCGUACCGGAACUUCAGCAAAUUCAGAUACAAGUGGGACAGGGCUCUCAAGCACAGAUUCAUCAAAUUUCUGUCAGCGAACAGUCUACCGUUGUGCUACCAACUGCAGCAGAAACUGGUGCAAUGGCAAUGUUGCAUCAUCAACAGCAACAACAACAGCAGCAGCAGCAGCAGCAACAACAACAGCAGCAGCAACAACAGCAACAACAACAGCAGCAGCAGCAGCAACAACAGCAGCAGCAGCAACAACAGCAACAACCUCAGCAACAGCAACCACAACAACAACAGCAGCAGCAUUAGCAACAGCAUACCGCCCCUAGUCAAGCCGGGCGGUACUACAGAUUUAAUCAUCAACAAGCUAGAGGUCGUGUUAGACAAGGAGUAUUAGC